CUUCACCUCAGCAUGGAGCAGCCGGGCAAGGUUGCCGUCGUACUAGGGGCCCAGUGGGGGGAUACAGGCAAGGGCAAGCUUGUCGACAUCCUCGCCGCCGAGGCCGACAUCACCGCACGCUGCGCCGGCGGCAACAACGCCGGCCACACCAUCGUCGCCAACGUCAACGGCGUCAAGACCAAGUUCGACUUUCACCUCCUUCCCUCGGGUCUCGUCAACCCCAACUGCACGGCCUUCAUCGGCAACGGUGUCGUCGUCCACAUCCCGGCCUUCUUCCAGGAGCUCGAGGCGUUGACGUCCAAGGGCCUCAACUGCGAGGGUCGCCUCUUCAUCUCGGACCGCGCGCACCUCGUGUUCGACUUUCACCAGAUCGUCGACGGCCUCAAGGAGGUCGAGCUCGGCGGCUCGAAUAUCGGCACGACCCGCAAGGGCAUCGGUCCCGCCUACUCGUCCAAGGCGAGCCGUUCGGGCCUCCGCGUGCACCACCUCUUUGACGAGGAGGCGUUCGCGACCAAGUUCCGCACGCUCGUCGAGGGCCGCUUCAAGCGCUACGGCCACUUCGAGUACGACACCGAGGGCGAGAUCAAGCGCUACAAGGAGCUCGCGCAGCGCCUCAAGCCGUACGUCGUGGACGGCAUCGCGUUCAUCCACAACGCGCUCGCGGCCAACAAGCGCAUCCUCGUCGAGGGCGCCAACGCCCUCAUGCUCGACCUCGACUUUGGCACGUACCCGUUCGUCACGUCGAGCGCGACCGGGAUCGGCGGCGUCUGCACCGGGCUCGGCCUCCCGCCGCGCACCGUCGGCGGCACGUACGGCGUCAUCAAGGCCUACACGACGCGGGUCGGCGCCGGCCCGUUCCCAACCGAGCAGCUCAACAGCAUCGGCGAGCACCUGCAGGAGGUCGGUGCCGAGUUUGGCGUCACGACGGGCCGCCGCCGCCGGUGCGGCUGGCUCGACCUCGUCGUCAUGAAGUACUCGACCGUCAUCAACGGCUACACGGCGCUCAACCUCACAAAGCUCGACGUGCUCGACGACGUCGACACGAUCAAGGUCGCCGUCGCGUACCACCUCGACGGCAAGCCCCUCGACGCCCUCUUCCCCGCCGACCUCGACACGCUCGCCCGCGUCGAGGUCCAGUACGUCGAGCUCCCAGGCUGGAAGCAGUCGAUCCAGGACAAGACCCAGUGGUCCGACCUGCCCGACAACUGCCAGAAGUACGUCGAGUACAUCGAACAGUUCCUCGGCGUCCCCAUCCGCUGGAUCGGGACCGGUCCGGCGCGCGAGAGCAUGAUCGACCGCGGCGCAGGGCACGCGUAGAGUCGCACGUUGGACGAGUGGGGUCGAGUCGAGGACGUAGAAGGCCGGUCGAGGUGUUUGGCAAAUGCAGAAGCACUUAUUCUCGUU